UAAAACAUUCCGCUGUCAGCCAGUACACCGGCUGUACUGAAGCAGUCACUGGCACAUAGAGGCCCUCCCAGACACAUAUUUACUUUUAAUUACGCGGAGGUUACUUCAGGUAUUAGCCACGAUUGGGAACCUGAGUAAUAACGCAUUUGACCCGGAGUCUGUGCAGGGUGAAGUCGGGGGAGACGGACAGGAGAAAACAAAGAUGGCUGUGUAGCCAGAGAGACGAGUCAGAACCGUCUCUAGCCGCGGCUUAAAUCACACCGACAGCUCCCGUGGGUCCCGUGGACAGUCGGCCGGUACCGGAGCACGGACGUUAGACGAGCAGCCGAGCUGGGCCGCUGGUGUACAUCGUUUUAAUCCGCUGUCAUUGCGAAUAACGGCGUCGAGAGCACAACAACAGCUGAGAGACGAGUUGUUUUUGUUCUGGAGAGGACUGCUGUGUUUUUGUCAACGUAGCUAGUCUGCUAGCCUCACUCCUGGUCGCGGCAGGUACAUCUCGUAGAUUCCUAGACAGUCAUCGCCAUGUCUUCACUGGAAGAGAGAGACGUGGGCGGUGUGGCCGCCCCUGGCUCCUCCUCGGCCGGCAUGGGGGUCGGGCCCGUGGGGGCAGCGGUGGAGGCUGCGGCCGGGGUCGCAGCCAUGCAGGAGGAGGUCGGGAUCCGGAGAGAGGAGGUCGGGAUCCGGAGAGAAGGGCCCGAGCCUGACCCAGACGAGCCACCCAAGAAGAGGGUGAGGGUGCCCGAUGGACAGUCAGGGAAGCUGGAGGAGAGACUGUACUCAGUGCUGUGCUGCACCGUGUGCCUAGACUUACCCAAGGCGUCUGUAUACCAGUGUACAAACGGACACCUGAUGUGUACAGGCUGUUUUAUCCACCUCCUCGCUGAUUCUCGCCUCAAGGAGGAACAGGCCACAUGUCCCAACUGCAGGUGUGAGAUCAGCAAGAACCUCUGCUGCAGGAACCUCGCAGUGGAGAAGGCCGUCAGUGAGCUGCCGACAGAAUGCACCUUCUGCCUAAAACAGUUCCCCCGCUCCAGCUUAGCGAGACACCAGAAAGAGGAGUGCCAAGACAGGGUCACACAGUGUAAGUACAAGAGGAUCGGCUGCCCUUGGCAAGGUCCGUUCCACGAGCUGCCGGCACACGAGGGCGAGUGCUGCCAUCCCACCAAGACCGGUACGGAGCUGAUGGGAAUACUGGGAGAGAUGGACCAGAACCACCGCAGAGACAUGCAGCUCUACAGCACCAUCUUCAGCCUGCUCUGCUACGAAAAGAUCGGGUUUACCGAGGUGCAGUUCAGGCCGUACCGCACCGACGACUUCAUCACUCGUCUGUACUAUGAAACACCGCGCUUCACCGUUCUCAACCAGACGUGGGUGCUGAAGGCGCGCGUUAACGACUCCGAGCGCAACCCCAACCUGUCCUGCAAGCGCACGCUCUCCUUCAUGCUCAUCCUCAAAAGCAAGGUACACACACAUCAGGAGGGAAACAUACUUGACAAAACACAAAGCAGAGCUGAACAGGAAAAGGGGCAACGCAAGGAACAUACCAUGAAUGAUCGUAUCCGGGCAGAACAGAGCACAGCAGACCAGGAACACAACAGACGAACAUACACGGAGACAAGGGACACACAGGGCUUAAAUACACACCGGGGAGGUGCAGGUGAUGAGACACAGCAGUUCAAUCAGGGGCGGGGCAGACAAGGACAGGAAGUGAAGUGAACACAGGACACAAGAGGCAGGAAGAGUCAAAAUAAAACGGAAGAAACAAUUAAACACAAAACCGUGACAUACAGAGUGAUCAUCACCGCUUGGCUAACACAAUUCAGGAGCUAUUUCAUUUGCUGCCAUCCAAGCGGUCCAUGAGCUCUUGUUAUCGUUCUCUUAUUCAUGUCAUGAACAUUUUAUUUGUAAAGCCCAAAAUCACCAAUGUGCCUCAUAGGGGUUUACAAUCUGUACAGGAUACGCCACCCUCAAUGUUUCGCCCCAUUGAUUUGAGAACCGAUAUAUCUUAUCAUCAAGAUUGUUAUCCCGUUUGGUGCGUCCCUGGUCAGCAGCUGUUGGAUG